AUUUUUUUUUUUAUUUUUUACAAGAAAACUAUUAUGGGACAAAGCAAGAGUAAAGAAAACAAUGCAUUGUCAAAAAGUACUCAUUUCUCUCCAAAAGAAAUUCAAGAUCUCCGACAAAGAGUGAAUUCACAAGAUCAAGACAAGAUUACCGAAGACGUAUUCAAGAAUAGUGUAAAGCAAUAUUUACCCACUGUCUCUGCAAACGAUGAACCGUUCUUAAAACGACUCUAUGCUGCUUUUGGCGGUGAUCGAGAAAAGUCAAUCGAUUUUCGUGAAUUUGUGGAUGGGCUGAGCAUUUUUGUAAAGGGAACUGCCGACGAAAAGCUAAAACUAUCUUUUAAACUAUACGAUGUGGAUAAAGAUGGCUUUAUCUCAAAAACCGAAUUGGAACAAGUCAUGUUACAAUUAUCACAAAUGUCAGAUGAGGAUCGGUCAGAAGAGGUGCAAUGUGCUAUCGACUGUAUGUUUCGCGAUUUAGAUGUAGACUGUGACGGUAAACUGUCUUUUGAAGAAUAUAAAUUAUCUGAAAUGAAGGAACCUUUGGUGGUAGACUUUUUGGAAGAGUUUUUAUCUCAGCAUAACCUAUCUGAACAUUCUACCGUACCCAGCCCCAACUCAAAUAGAUCAGGAGCAUCUUCGCCCACAACAACAACAACAGCAACAGGAAGGCCAGUGUCAGUCCAUCGGUUAUCCCAGGCCGAGCUAUUAGAUUACAGCCAUCAUCAGCAACAAAAGACACCUUCCCCAAAACCGUCGUUUACUCAACCCUUGACACCGAUAGAAACCACACCGCCGCCUCUAGAACAUCGACCUUCUUUACCUCAUCGUCUUAGUCGUGGAGCUAGCAUGCCUAGUCUUGACGUUGCCAUGACACACAUAUAAUUGUAAAUAAAUAUAAAAAGUUUUAAAAGUGUGUUGCCAUGUGUGUAGAAUAAUGAAAAGGGGGGGGAUCACUAUGGGCGGACGUUUAAAUCGUUGUUCGGGCCAAACGGGCACCCAAAAAAAAAAAAAAAAAGUUGCGCGGCCAGCCCGCAAAUGGAGUCGCAAAUGGGUGCAUCCAUUAAACCCUCUUUCUCCACGUUCAAAGGUAAUGAAAGGAAACGAUCUUUAG